GUUCGGCAACGGUCGACGUGCAAAAGCCAAGAGAGGCAGCGGCCGCUUCGGCUUCGAUCUCCGGGCGCGGCAGUCGCGACGCGGGUGCCAAGUUCUUGUAGGAGAAGCGCUUCGCUCGCUGCCCGCGACUGUGUCGACGCGAGACAUGCUCCAGGACAACUGUAGUGUGUCCGCUUUGAGGAGGAUGGAGGCGUCCUGCCUGGAGUUGGCGCUGGAGGGCGAGCGCCUGUGCAAGGCGGGCGACUUCUGGGCGGGCGUCUCGUUCUUCGAGGCGGCCGUGCAGGUGGGCACGGAGGACCUGCGCACGCUCAGCGCCAUCUACAGCCAGCUGGGCAAUGCCUACUUUUACCUGGGAGAGCUGGGGAAGGCGCUCGAGUACCACCGGCACGACCUCACGCUCGCACGGACGGUGGCGGACCAGGUCGGCGAGGCGAAGGCGAGCGGGAACCUGGGGAACACACUCAAGGCGCUGGGGCGAUACGACGAGGCGGCCGCCUGCUGCCAGCGACAGCUCGACAUCUCGCGCGAGUCCGGCGACAAGGUGGGGGAAGCCAAGGCGCUGUAUAACCUGGGGAACGUGUACCACACGCGGGGCAAGCAGGCGGACGCCGUGGGGGCCCACGAGCCCGGGGAUCUCUGCGACGAGGCCAGGAACGCCCUCCUCGCCGCCGCACAGUGCUACGACGCGAACCUGGAGAUCGUGCGCGUGCUGAACGACCGCGCGGCGCUGGGCAGGGCUUUCGGCAACCUCGGCAACACCCAGUACCUCCUCGGCAACUACGACGAGGCUGUGGAAUUUCACCAGGAGAGGCUGAAAAUCGCCAAGGAGUUUGGGGACAAAGCGGCGGAGAAGAGGGCCUACACCAACCUGGGGAACACGUACGUGCGCCUGGAAGACUUUCCGCAAGCCGUCGAGUACUACAAGAAAGCGCUGCAGCUGGCGCGACAGCUGCGGGAGCGAGCGGCCGAAGCACAGGCGUGCUACAGCCUGGGCAACACCUAUACGCUGCUCAGGGACUUCCCGCUCGCCAUCCAGUUCUUCCUCAAGCACCUGGCCAUCGCGCAGGACCUCAGCGACAGGGUGGGCGAGGGGCGUGCGUGUUGGAGCCUGGGCAAUGCGUACGCGUCCCUGGGAAACCACCAGCAAGCGCUGUCCUUCGUCACAAAGCACCUGGCCAUAUCCAAGGAGGUGGGCGACUGUAACGGCGAGCUGACGGCGCGACUCAACCUCGCUGACCUGCAGUCGACGCUCGGCAUGGCGCAGGCGUCCGAGCAGGCGGAGCGAGCGUCGCCCGAUGACGACCACGACUCCGAGUCGGACUCUGAAGGCGAAAAGACGAGGCCGAGGAGGCGAUUGAGUAUGGAGAACAUGGAGCUCAUGCACUUGACCCCGGGAAAGGUCGGCAAGCCUCUGAACGGCGACGUGCGAUCCCUGGCCAUGGGUGGGGCGGUGGUGUCGGCGCAGCAGAAUUCCGUCUCCACGUCGGGGGCGCCGGCGACGUCCAGGCCCUCUGGGAAGUCCCUUUUGCCGUCGCGGCUGCGCGGCAAGAAACAGCGCGAUGGCGCGGAGAUGGAGCAGCGAACGACGUCGGUGGAUUCGCGUGACGUAGCGCUGCAGGUGUCCACCAGGGUGGACCCUGACCUCGUGGACGACGACGGGUUCUUCGACCUGCUCAGCCGCUUCCAGGGAAACCGCAUGGAUGACCAGCGCUGCUCGCUGGGGCCCGACUACAACGGCGGCGAGGGGGCCGGAGCUCGCGGGCCCUCCACACCACCACUGGCCGACCGGCGAGCCGGCGCGCGUGCCCUCGUGGCGUCGCCGCAGACGGAGGAGUUCCUCGAUCUCCUCGCAUGCUCCCAGAGCCGCCGCAUCGACGACCAGCGCGCCAGCGUAUCCGACCUGCCGGGCCUGCGCCUCACGCCCAACAACAGCGGCGCUGUCUCGGGGCGCCUUGCCGCCGCCGCGCCUGCCGCCCCGCGCGGCGUGGACGGCGCUGCCGCCGCGGCCGCGGCCGCCGCUAGGGCCGGGGCUCUGGCCGCCGCCGCCGCCAUAUCUCACGAGCACGAGGACGAGGACUUCUUCGACAUGCUCGUGCGCUGCCAGAGCUCGCGCAUGGACGACCAGCGGUGCGUGGCGCCGGCACCGAUGCCGCGCGGCCCCACGGUCCCGGACGAGGACUUCAUCAGCCUCAUCCAGAGGGUGCAGGCGCGACGCCUCGACGAGCAGAGGGUGGCGCCGCCGCCAGAUCUCCGCGAGUAGCGGGGACCACGGCAAGACGGGGCGCCGUGCAGAAAACGAAACGCGCGCGAUUUUCAGAACGUCGGCGCUGCCGUCGACUGCACUUCUUUACUCUUGAACAUUUGGAUAUUCCCGUGGCGACGGAAAGCGCGUUAUUCUACGGGCGUCGCUGAUUUGUUUUUUACUCGCACACGGAACGCGCACCACGUCCUGACGCAUCAACGCAUUCCCCGAUUCUCCCGCCUUGUGCGGUCCAGCCCUGCAAUUAGGUGUGAAGUUGCCACGUGGUGUUUUUAAAAUAAUAUUUUCAGGUCAUCUAAUCUUCGUUGACAGGUAAUCGGGAAAGAUGAACGGUAAAGGUGCAGCCCGUGCAAUGUGUUUCUCUCGCCACUGCUGGCAGAAGGGCCUCCGCUAAGAGGGAUCUGUAGAGAUCACCACUCAAGGGUAUUUGGCCUGCUCUUCCACACAAUGGCCAGACAUUUUGGAACCGUUGGGAGGAGCCGUACUCUACCCCACCUACGUGACCUGUCAAUCGAUAGCUGCCGUUCGUGGUUAAAAUGUUCUUUUUAAGCUAACACAUUUUUAGCACGUGUUUUUUUCACCUCACCAUUAACCUCUUAAAGGGAGAGGGGGGGGGUGUAGGUUCUUGUGAGCGAGCAGCGUGUCUGUCCGCUGAGUCGAUGCGCUUGAAGCUGGUCAGGUGGCCGGAGAGGUGAAUUGGAGAAGCCGCACAUACGCUGGACCAUGACAGUCAUUCCCUCCGCCAAGUGAAUUCCUGUGCCGAGCUCAAUGAGGGGGGAGAUGCGUGCGUGUUACUGAUGUGCGACGAUUCAUGCCAGUCCCAGAAAUUGCCCCGAGCAACGCGGAUGCUUCUGCUGCACUUGUGAGCGUUCAGUCCCUCUUGACUGGCACGUUUGAGUGAUGCUGCAUAGCGAAAUCCACCUCUUAAGCAGAAGAGAGAGAGAUAUUAAUGAGCCAUCCUUGCGCAUUAUUGUCGACCGGAAGCCAGUCGGCAUAUUGUUGAAUGCCAAUUUUCGGUAUAGAUUUUCUGUCCCACAAACACCCUCAGAAUAGUUGUUUUGUAAAACUUCAGAACUGCGAUGUGGAUUAGGCAAACCACUGUACGCUUGGUGGAGACCUGUGCAGGAUGGGGUGGGGCCAUUUACAGAGAGAGACAGGCAUUGCUGUGUUCUCCACGAGUGCGGUGCCCCAUUGGGAAGACCUAAGAUCAGGUCGUGGGCAAUACUGCCCAGGCGGAUCUUGGAGGUCAUCUCUGCAGCAGCUUGUGGGACCUGGCAGAGGGGAGAGAGCGAGGAGGAGGAGGAGGUGCGGUGGUGGUGGUGGGGAGAAGUGGUGUAGCGGUUAACGCGCUGUGCUACGAACCCGGCGACCCGAGUUCGAUUCCCGCUCACGGCGAACACCAGUGACGAUUAAACUGGUCAUGGAUCACCCCUAGGUCAAAUGAGGACCUGGUGAGCUGUGUCAACAUCGCCACUGGGGAGACAAAGGCGGCCAGGCGUGAUGUUGGCCACCCCACCCCCUCGUGUGCCGUGCCGGCCUUGAUAGGUGCUCGCCAACCGCACUUGCCCCAACAGUCUGUUAAGGCUAUGGGGGGGGGGAUCUUUGUCUUUGGUAGCAGCCGCUCCGAGCACGAUGACUUUUCGAACGAUAAUUAUUCUAGAUCGGCUUGGCGUGCUUGCAUUUAGUUUAAGUUCCGCUCGGUGUACGACAAGCUGAGCGAAGUUUUUAUUUUAUUUCGGAAUUUCUUAAGGAAAAAAAAUGCAAAACAAGUUGAUGUGAAAGGAUGGUGGGGGGGGGGGGCACUUUUAAUGGUAAUUGUGGACUGUUUGGGCCUUGAUGGACCCACGAUGCACUACUGAAUAAGAUUAUCUCCCCACAGGUGCUGCGUAUUUGAUGACCGCACCGUUAUUUUUGUACGGACGUGUAUUUUUUUUUAUUAAUUUCAAACGACGUGACAAAUAUUUUAGUUGUCGUAGUUUCUCAUUUCUGCCCGUGCGUACGAUUCCCCUGCUGUGAACUUUACCGUAACUUGUAGACUCGCGUAUUUAGCCGUGUAAAUAGCAUUUUUAAAACGUCAGAACUGCUUCGCGUUUCUGUAUUUCUCGUACAGAAUCGGGUCUGUUUCGUUUGUAGAAUUCUAGUUUGGUCGGAGUUAACGUGAAUGUUUUUUUGUUUUUCUCCACGCGCGUUACUUUCUAAAAAAAAAUAUACUGCCGCGGUCUUCUCGUUCUGCCGCCUUCACGGUACCGUUAGAUGACUAAAGAAAGCAUUUCUGUUUUGACAUUUCAGAUUGUUUUGCAUUAAAGAAAACAAAAACGCUAACAAAAAAACGCGCGACUCCUGUAUGAUAAAAAAUAAGAAGAGAUUUUACACUUUCUAGCAAUAAAACCGGUGUUAAUAUGUUCAAACACCAAAUAUAAACCUUUUGCAAGGAUUCAAAUCUGCAUCGACCACACACUACUUGUGGUGAACAUGCAAACAAACAUGCUCU